CAAAAGCCAAAGGACAAGGAACAAAACAACCUUUUGCUUCAACGAAAGGCUGCGCGACAUGGCAUGGUCCCCUCUCCUCUUCAAAAUGGCCUCUCUGUCUCGCCUUGCCCUCCCUCACUUUCUUCUCCGGCUUCGUCCUCCGCCGCCGCCGCAACCACCGCAGCAAAUAUAUAAUUCGCCGACAUGGCAUCUAUUUGUGCCACCAGUUUCAUCAAGCUGCCCAAACCAGCCAAGCUCCGCGCGCCUCCGCCGCACGCGGUGGCGCCGCCGCCGCCCGGACCCGAAAGGCUGGAACCCAGGGUGGAGGAGAGGGACGGUUACUUUGUAUUGAAGGAGAAGUUCAGGCAGGGAAUGAAUCCUGCAGAAAAGGUGAAGAUUGAGAAAGAGGCGAUGAAAUUGUUCAUGGAGAAUGAAAUUGAGGAGCUUGCGAAGAUGCCAUUUGAAGCAAUUGAACAGUCAAAGGUCAUGAAGGAUGACGUUGACACCAGACUCAAAUGGCUUGGCCUCUUCCAUAGGAGAAAACAUCACUACGGCCGGUUCAUGAUGAGACUGAAGCUACCAAAUGGGGUCACAACCAGUGCCCAAGCAAGAUACUUGGCAAGCGUGAUCAGAAAAUACGGGAAAGAGGGGUGCGCCGAUGUGACGACGAGGCAGAAUUGGCAGGUGAGAGGGGUGGUGCUGCCCGACGUGCCCGGGAUUCUCAAGGGGCUUGAGGAAGUCGGGUUGACGAGCUUGCAGAGUGGCAUGGACAAUGUCAGGAAUCCGGUUGGGAACCCCAUUGCUGGCAUUGAUCCCCAUGAAAUUGUUGACACCAGACCUUACAACAACUUGCUCUCCCAUUUCAUCACCUCCAACGCUCGCGGCAAUCCCGCUUUCACCAACCUACCAAGGAAAUGGAAUGUGUGUGUGGUGGGUUCACAUGAUCUUUAUGAGCAUCCCCACAUCAAUGAUCUUGCUUACAUGCCCGCCAUUAGAGAGGGGCGCUUCGGCUUUAACUUGCUUGUGGGUGGCUUCUUUAGCCCCAAGCGGUGCGCCGAGGCCAUCCCUCUAGACGCAUGGGUACCCGCGGAUGACAUUCUUCCCGUCUGCAGUGCUGUACUGGAAACUUUCCGGGAUCUUGGCACCCGCGGGAACCGCCAGAAAACAAGAAUGAUGUGGUUGAUUGAUGAACUUGGUAUGGAGGGUUUUAGAGCAGAAGUUGUGAAGAGGAUGCCAUGGCAGGAACUGGACAGGGCAGCCGGAGAAGAUCUGGUCAUGAAAAGCUGGGAGAGGAGGGAGUAUCUGGGAGUCCACCCGCAGAAGCAGAGAGGGUAUAGCUUUGUCGGGCUUCACGUCCCGGUGGGACGCCUCGAAGCGGACGAAAUGGACGAGCUUGCCCGUUUAUCCGACGAGUACGGGUCGGGCGAGCUCCGUCUCACGGUCGAGCAGAACAUCGUAAUCCCGAACAUCCACGACUCCAAGAUCGAGGCAUUCCUCGAGGAGCCACUUUUGUCGGGCAGAGUCUCGCCCGACCCGCCCGUUCUGAUGAGAGGCCUGGUCGCCUGCACCGGGAACCAGUUCUGCGGGCAAGCCAUAAUAGAGACCAAAGGGCAGGCGGUGAGGGUGGCCGAGGAGGUGGAGGAGCAGGUGUCGGUCACGCGGCCGGUGCGGGUGCACUGGACGGGGUGCCCGAACAGCUGCGGGCAGGUGCAGGUCGCGGAUAUCGGGCUGAUGGGGUGCAAGACGAGGAACAAGGAGGGGAAGAGCGUGGAAGGGGUGGACGUGUACUUGGGAGGGAGGAUCGGGGGCGGGUCACAUUUGGGUGAUUUGUAUCAGAAAGGGAUUCCUUGUGAAGAUUUGGUGCCUUUCAUUGUUGAACUCUUAGUAGAGCGGUUUGGUGCCGUUAGAAGGGAGAGGGAAGAUGAUGAUUAUGAAAAUUGAUUCCCUAUUUAAAGAAAAAAAAAGGACAAAUGGGACAAAAUAAGGUAAAAGUCUUGUACUAAAAGAUGUACUCCCUUCCUUAUAUGUCAAAAUGAAUCAAAAAACUUUGAAAUUGUAAGUGCUGAACCAGUAAGAGGUCUGAACCAUUAAGUGCUGAACCAGUAAGAGGUCUGAACCAUUAAGAGUUAGUAUAUUGCUUAACUAUUUAGAGGCAAAUGUCUGAUCAAUUCAGAUAAGAGGUCUUAACCAUUCAGACUCUGUAUAAUACUUAACCAUUCAGAGGCAAAUCUCUUAACCAUUCAGACAUCUGAACCAUUAAGAGGCUGAAACAAACAGCCCCUUAGUCUCAUCUUUGUAAUUUUUGUUCGACUAGGUCCUUUUGUGUACUUUUACUUUUAUCUAUAGCUUCGAACUAUUAAAGAAAUACAUAGUAAUGUU